AUGUCGACGAUUCAGAAAGUGAGGGAAAAGAACGAGGUUUCCACGAAAAAUGUUAUUUCCCAAGACCAGUCCCAGAAACUUGUUCAAACAAUGAUAACAAUGUGUUUUGGUUGUUUAGCAUUCCUCAGAGGGUUAUUCCCCGAUGACAACUUUGUUGACCAAAAGUUUGUUCCGGAAAAAUGUACCAAGGAUUACGACAAGAAUAGCGCCUCAAGUAUUAGAAUUAAGACUUUGGUAAGAGACAAGAGCGACGAGGCAAACUUGUUUUUAGAUUGGUUGGAGAAUGGAGUUUUCCAAACCUUGAGGAAAGGCUAUUUGAAAGCAAUUUCGUUAGGUGUUUUCAUUGAUGAGAGUAAUCCAAACGACUUGAUUGAGACGUACUUGUUUUCUUUUGAUUAUUCGCAUGAUUCAAUCACUAUCAAUAUCAAUGGCCAAGCUGAUAAAGUAUCAUUAUUAGAUUCACGCAAGAUGGUCCAGCAAUUGAUGAGAAGAUUUAUCAUAAUUACACAGUCGCUAGAUCCCUUACCUGAGAAAAGGUUUUUAACAAUGAGAUUGUUGUUCAAUGACUUGGCGCCGAAGGAGUACCAACCACAGUUAUUCAAAGACGCUACAAAGGAUCCAAAAACAAUUAUCACUGUACCUCAAGAAAAUGGACUAGAUACUUUCUCUGUGGGAUCUUUGAACACAUCGGUUCAUAAAGUUGGCAUAAAAGUGCUUUCUUUGGCGGAUAACACAAUCCAAGAGCAACUUGCUUCCGGGAUUACAACGCAGCUUGAUCCCUUUGAUCUAUUAAAUGAUAAUAUCGAGCUACCGCAGGAUACACCCUUUAAUAGUCAGGUUAACGAGCCAAGUCAAACGACAACGAUGUUACAGAAAUAUCUGAGAUCAUCACCAGCCAAUUUCCAUCCCACGCAAGCAAUUCCUGGUGAUUUAACUCUCAAUCAAAAUGAUACGAAUUUCCAAGGUACCGUUUCGCAAAAACUGAAACAUAUUAGAUGCCUCAGGUGUAAAAAAAUGGUACCAGCUGUCUGUUAUGGUAACCAUGCCGGAUCUUCAAUUCCAGUUUGUAUCGAGUGUUUGAACAACAAUAGGAUUGAUAUGAAUUCUGUUACGAUGCAAAGAUUCAUCAUGACAAGGAAAAUAUACAGAUACAUGGCAAAGAAGCCCGAUUUUCCUAAGUCUAUCUCUGAAUUCUACUCUAUAUUUUACGGAGAUUCUGCUACUGAUUUCGAUAAGCAGAGAAUUGAUGAUGCUUUGUCCGUAUUGUUGAUGGACGAAGUUUUCGUUGUGGAGCCGGAUGUAAGAGUCAGCUCCACUGGAACCCAGUUGAGAUCAUCAGGUUAUAUCAAUGUGGAUUCUAACUCAAUUUUUUACCCGAAAGGAACUCUUCCAAAGGGUACGUGUGCAUGGACAUUCGUUCUCCGUGCUUCAAAGGCCCGUCCAUUUUAUACCGAACCAUACGCAAAGACCGAGGCGCAGUUACAAAAAUUACUAGAACAGUGCGAAAACACUUUUAAAAACUUGAAAAAACUUUCUGUUGAUGACUCCUUAACAUUACACGAAUUGAGUAUUAAUGAUACUACUAAUAGUAUGGGCUACCAGGGGAAAUCAAAGAAAAGGGUCCAUAGUGACAAUGAGAAUGACUACAUUUCUCCAGAAAAGUCUUAUCUUGACACGCAAAACUGCCAUGCAGAUAAAGUGAGAAGAAUCAGCGUUUCUAAAAAGACAUUGAAAAGCGCUUGGUAA